AAAAGCUUCCUGGAAAUGUCCUCGUUAUCACUUCCCCUCAGCUGGGGGCUGGGAGCAGGCGGUCCACUCCGCCCCCGGCUCGCACUUUUCCACUGGCGCGCUGGCUGGCUGGCUCUGCAACGCCGCAGUCCGCCGCGCCGGGGCUUACUGCGGGGUCCGGGCUUGCAGCUCCGCUGCGCGCAGAGGGCUCAGGGUCCACCGAGACGCGCCGCUGUCCCCGCCCGCGCCUCUGCCGGCCUGGCCAUGCGGGUCCUCGGUGGGUGCUGCGGGGCGCUGCUGGCGUGUUUCGCCCUCUUGGUGUUUCCCAUCGCAGAGGCAAACUUCUUGUCAAAGCAACAUGCUUCACAAGUUCUGGUUAGGAAACGUCGUGCAAACUCUUGGUACUCUGCUGAAGAAACCCAGCAGGGUAAUCUUGAAAGAGAGUGCAUCGAAGAACUGUGCAAUAAAGAAGAAGCCAGGGAGGUCUUUGAAAAUAACCCUGAAACGGAGUAUUUUUAUCCAAGAUAUUUAGAUUGUCUUGGCUCUUUCCGAGCUGGAUUAUUCACUGCUGCACGUCAGUCAAGUAAUGCUUACACUGACCUAAGGAGCUGUGUCAAUGCCAUUCCAGACCAGUGUGAGCCUCUGCCAUGCAAUGAAGAUGGAUAUGUGAGCUGCAAAGAUGGCAGAGCUGCAUUCACUUGCAUUUGUAAAUCGGGUUGGCAAGGACAGAGGUGUGAAUUUGAUAUAAAUGAAUGCAGAAAUCUCUUGAAUACAAAUGGAGGUUGUAGUCAGAUUUGUAAUAAUACACCUGGAAGUUACCACUGUUCCUGUAAAACUGGUUUUGUUCUACUUUCAAAUAAAAAGGACUGCAAAGAUGUGGAUGAAUGCUCUGUGAAGCCUGGCAUUUGUGGCACAGCUGUGUGCAAGAACUUCCCAGGAGACUUUGAAUGUGAAUGUGCUGAAGGUUACAGAUACAAUCCCACAUCAAAGUCUUGUGAAGAUGUGGAUGAAUGCUCUGACAACGUGUGUGCUCAACUUUGUGUCAAUUACCCUGGAGGUUAUUCUUGUUACUGUGAUGGGAAGAAAGGAUUCAAGCUUGCCCACGAUCAGAGGAACUGUGAGGCUAUUCCAGUGUGCCUUCCCUUGGACCUUGACAAAAAUUAUGAACUACUUUACUUGGCAGAGCAGUUUGCAGGGGUUGUUUUAUAUCUAAAAUUUCGCUUACCGGAUGUCAUCAGAUUUUCAGCCACAUUUGAUUUCCGGACAUAUGAUUCAGAAGGUGUUAUACUUUAUGCAGAAUCUAUUGACCACUCAGCUUGGUUCCUGAUUGCAGUUCGUGAUGGAAAGCUUGAAAUUCAGUUUAAGAAUGAACAUACAACACAGAUCACAACUGGAGGCCAGGUUAUUAAUAAUGGUGUGUGGAAUAUGGUCUCUGUGGAAGAGUUAGAAAGGAGUAUUAGUGUGAAAAUAGCUAAAGAAGCCACAAUGAAUAUAAAUAUACCAAAAAGCCUUUUUGAGUCUACAAAUGGAUCUGUAGAAACCAAAGUGUACUUUGCAGGAUUGCCUCGGAAGGUGGAGGAUACACUCAUUAAACCGAUUAAUCCUCGUCUAGAUGGAUGUAUACGAGGCUGGAAUUUGAUGAAUCAAGGAACUUCAAGAGUAGAGAAAGUUAUUCAAGAAAAACAAAAUAAACAUUGUUUUAUCAAUGUGGAAAAGGGCUCUUACUACCCUGGUUCUGGAGUUGCUCAAUUUAACAUAGAUUACUAUAAUGUACCAAAUCCUGAGGCUUGGCAGAUCAACGUGACUUUGAAUAUUCGCCCGUCCACGGGUACCGGCAUUAUGUUUGCCUUGGUUUCUGGUGACACAGUGCCCUUUGCCAUCUCCUUGGUAGACUCCUCCUCUGAAAAGCUUCAGGAUAUCCUGGUUUCUGUUGAAAACACGGUAGUAGCUCGGAUAGAGGGCGUAAGUCUGUGUUCCAGUCAACAGUCCCAUCUGGAAUUCAGAAUCAACAGCAGAAAACUGGAGCUGUCAACCCCACUGAAAGAUGAUAUCAUCUCCUCUGAAGAUUUCCAAAGACAAUUUGACACCUUGGAGAAAGCCGUGAAAGGAACAGUAGCCACUUACCUGGGUGGCCUUCCAGUUAUUCCACUCAAUGCGACACCAGUGGACGCCUUUUAUAAUGGCUGUAUGGAAGUGAACGUUAACAGCCUGCAGCUGGAUCUGGACGAAGCCACUUUUAAACACAAUGAUAUCAGAGCUCACUCAUGUCCGUCAGCUUUGGAAAACAAAAAGAGGCCCUAAGUCAUCUUUUCUCUACUGACAACAUUUUCUUCCUGGGUGUAAUUAUACUUGUAUUUCAAUAACAUUUAAAGGAUUUUACUUAUGGAUGGGCAGACCUUGAUUAUUUUAUAGUACUUUGACCUUCUUGGAAUUAUAAAAAGGUCCCUUUUCAAGAAAACAAGAUUCUCUUGUGAUAUAAAUCACAUCUAAAAAAAACUCUUAACUCUGUUGCUGUAUAGAAAUUAAAUAAUGUAAAGCAUAAAAAAUUUUAAUUUGAGUUUUUUUACUACAAAUGACAUUUCUUCAUUUUUAUGUUUAUAAAAAGUAAAUUUUAAUUGUGCUAUUAGGAACUGGUGUUUAAAUAUCUAUUUUUCUUGGAAGGCAAGAAAAUAAACCUAAACAAAUGUUCAUGUGACAGUACUGUUGAUCAUAGUAGAUACUAUUUUAUUUGUUUUGUUUUUUUCCUAGUGAAAGCAGCAGAAGAAAGAGUAACCUAUUAAUUUUAAUUGAGUAGAAGGUCUUAAAGUUUUACUCCAAAACAGUUCCUCAGGGCUACCAGCUUUGGCUUCAUCUCUCUUUCACUGGCUUCACUUUUGAACCCAGUAGUUUUACUGCAUCAGAAAACAAGUGGGACACAUUUUCAAGAUAACAUCACUCGUGAAUCCAGCUGGUUGCUAAUUGGAUUAUCUGAGGAUGAGAUACUAGCUCGUAUUGGGAUGGGUGUGAAAACUGAGAUGGGUACAUUCCUUAAAGGUGGCCAUGUUUGGUCUCACAGCUGUAGAUUAGGAGAAGCAGAACCUAAGGAUGGAGGGAAUGAAUGAGAGACUGAAUAAUGCAGAACCUCCUAGUUUUCCACCUAGGAAGCUCCUUGAUUUCAACUUUAAUCACCAAAGUAAGUUGCCAGAAGGUUACUGAUUAUUGAAGGACAAGAGGGACUAUGAAAACUAAAAUAGAUUUUAAUGAAAGAGUAACAACAGAGGGACAUAGUUAAUAAUGCGUUUUUUAAAUAAGCAGUUUUAUCACUUCUAACCUACCAUUCACAUUAGGAAUGUAUCUGGUGUUUUAUUGACAGUUGGAAAAAUAAAUUUUUCCCACUAUAGAUAUUUUAUAUCACAUAAAGCAUAAAAAAUUGGUGUUGUUUAAAAAAUUUGUAUAAAUAAUACCAAUAUUUUAUCAACUCUUUGAACAGAACGUAAAAGUACUGCCCUGGCCAGGUAGCACAGUUCAUUAGAACAUCAUCCCACACGCCAAGGUUGCAGGUUCCAUCCCCAGUCAGGGCACAUAAAAGAAUCAACCAGUGAAUGCAUAAAUAAGUGGAACAACAAAUCAAUGUUUCUCUCUCCCUCUCUCUAAAAAGUUAAUUAAAAAUUGCUUAAAAAAUAAAAUUACAUAAUAUAUAUGCAACUCUUCAUGUAGCACAGUAGUUCUAUAGUUCAAAGACAAUAAAGCUCAAAUAUUUGAUGAGUAGUUGCUGCAUUAUAGCUGCAUUGUAGACUGGAACUGAGAAAGAAAGAAAAGUAAAAGUCACAUGUAUCGAGUGUUUGUCAGAAAUUGUGCCAGACCAUCUUAUUGGAUGUAAUUGCUCUCCCAAAUACCACUAUACACUGUGGGUGAUGAAUUUCAGCAAGCAACUACUGAUAAUUACAUUAGUGUAGAAAAAUAAGAAAGUAGAAAAACUGAAAGCAUAUGAAGACAAAAAAUAAAGAGUAAAAGAAAGGGGAAAAUGAAUUAUUUGGGUGCGGGAUAGAGCUCUGAUUCUCGUUUAAUUAUGUCCAUAUGCACUGAAUGGCAGGGACCUAUUUCUGGACCAAUUCCAGAAAUAGAGCUUUCCAAUAUGCAAUAAUCUUCAUAGAGGACCCAGAUACUUAUUUAUAAAUUUUAUCUAACUUUGAGAUGGACUCACAUAUGGCUUAGACAACAUCUUCAAACCUGAGGCUAAGAAUCUUUCAUAUGAUUUUUGAGCUUGAUCUUUGCCAAGAAAUACGGAUUCCUACUUUAAAGAGAACGAUGGUUUCAUGAAGGUCAAGUGGCAUAUUUGGUGCUAUUUGAGCUUUGUGUCAUGAAAAUGUCUAAGCGACUGUCAUUACAGUGUCCCCUAGAACUUACCAUUUUCAGAGAUACAUUUUGAAAUCAGUAAGAAUAAUGGUUAAUUUGUGAGAACAAAGUUAUUAACCUCAGUUUUCCUGUCUGAAGUUUUAACUUCAGUCUCAGUCCCUGUGAGUCUUAUAAAGUAUUUUCAAUUAUCUUUUCAUUUUGGAACUGGAACAUUGCUGAAGAGAAAACUUUUUUUGUAUAUUUGUUUAAUAAUUGAGUUACUUCUUUUGGAAAUCUUUUAGGCCUUUAAUCUCUAUGGUCAGCAUGAAGGAAAUGAAGUAAUUUUGAAAGUAAUUUUAUCUCAGAUUUCUUGAUGUUGCUGUUAAUGAUACGAGUUUGGGAGAAUACAGGGUCACUGUAUUCUCUAGGGACAAGAGUGAGAAAUUUCUACUUCAUUUAUUUAGCAACAAAUAUUAUCAAUUAACUACUCUGUGCAUGUGGAGUAAAAGGCAGUGGAAUGUCUGAGAGCUAAACCUACCUGAAUAGGAAAUGACAACUCAAGUCAGCCCAUGGUAGGCCUUGUACUUCCAUUCCUUGGGCUUAAAAAGCAUAUUCUUUCAGGUUGUACAAAAAAAAUUAAAGCAAUAAAACUCUUUUUAAAAAAUA